CGGAACGCUGUGGAGUCGCACACCGUUAAAUAAUCUGAAAACUGACGGUAAACAAAGAAACGCAGGAGGACGUAUUGAACUGGAAGGUGCUUUUUGUUUACCUCUGGUAGAAAGAGAGACAGCAUAGAGUCAUGAGUCGGACUCCCACGGCUGAGGAGCUGGAGCUGGAGCUGGAGUUGGAGGUGAGACAUUGGAAGAUGAAAAAUAACUGUGCCCUCUUGGUGCUGCAGAGGGGGGAACGAGAAGAUGAAAAGUUCAGAGCCCACUGCGCUGAGCGUAAAAAGGCAAUAGAGAGGUUACAACAACGUGUAAAGGAGUCACACAAGGACAUUGAGAAGACAAGGGAGUUACGCUUCAGCGGUGAAAUCUUGCGCAAGGUAGACGAAGCUAACAGAGCUGUUGAGAAAGCAGAGAGGGAAAAGAAGGAGGUGCUUCAAAGGGAGGCAGAGAUUGAGAGGCUACAUGAUGAGAGAGCCACACUGGAGGUGAGGAAAAAGGAGCUUCAGGAUCGUCUGCAGAAAUACUCAGUGUACAAGGACAUCAUGGAGCGAGUCUGCAAACUCACUAAGUUCAAAGAUGUGGAUGCACUUGAGGAUCAUUUGGAGAAUGUCCUCCACUUUAGAGACAAGUUCUUUCAGAAUGAGGUUGAGGCACAGGAGCAGCUUGACAAGCAGAGAAAAACGUUCCAGAGACUGGAGGAUCAGCACAAUCUGAUGUUGCUGCAGAAGAAUAACGAACUGACCCGGCUUAAUGUCCAGCUAGAGAAAUCUCAGGCUGAAACUCUUAUAUGGGAAAGGAACUGGAAUCACAUUCGGGAAACGGCUGCAGAGAAAACCCUGGAACUGGGACAGAUUAAGGUGGCCACCCUCAACCUUUUUGAGGGGACAGGUGGUACGAUAGGAGAGAAAGGUGUGGAUAUAAAUGACACAAAGACACAACUGGACCUGACCCAGUUGUUUAUCAAGGACCACGAGGACAUAGUGAAACAACAUCAAGCUUUCUUACAAAGACUCAUGGGUGGACUGAAAUCAGAAAAGCGCAAAAAGAAAGUAAAAAAGAAAUAAAUAUUAGUUUAAAUGCUGAUUUAAAAUUGAAUUCACUGAACUAACUUUGAAUCUUUUUAAAUAAACUGACUGAUACAGAAACAUUUAA